ACCUUUGCGYGACAUGUAGACUCAGGAUCAUUAUGAUCGUCUGAAGCUAAAGUCCCACAUCAUUAGAAUGCCCUUUGGAUUCAGACUUCGACGAAGAAGACGUGUAUGGAGAAGAAUCCUUUGAUUCCAUGAUAAAAACAACUCUUKUCCUGUCUCAAUAAGGUGAACAAUCAACUCCAAUUGAAAGAAUCUGAGGUGAAGAUGUUUGGAGAUAACGCAUGUGGAAACGUCACUGCGCCAGUCGCUCUCUCGUUUACUUCCGCUACACUAUCCAUAAUAAUAUCACUCAUAAGCAUYCCCGGGAACUUACUCGUACUACUGGCUGUCUUAAUCGAUCCUAACAGAGACCUACGGUGUCCAUUCAACUACUUUGUCAGUAAUCUAGCCUUUGCAGAUCUCAUUGUUGGAUGUGCUGUGGCUCCUUUAUCGGUGAUAUUCCAUACUUGCGAAGGGAUGAGGGUACAUAUUAUAGUACCCAUAGAGGUACUGCAUAUGUUGUUCUUCAUAACAUGUACAGCGUCGGUACUCAGCCUUGCAGCGCUGACUGUUGACAGGUACUUGGCUAUAACUUCACCCUUGCAAUAUCGGGUCAAGCUCAGUGGACAACGAGUCGCAAUUGUAUCGAUCCUUAUUUGGGUAUUCUCGAUUAGUUUUUCCUUUAUCUACACCAARAUUGGAUACAUCGCCUAUACGUUUUUAUUUGCCCACACAGCUGUUCUAUUCACCUUUGCUGUACURAUUUUCACCUAUGUAAAGAUCUUUGCUUCCUUGAAAUCUCAAGURCAGAACUGGGAGAACCUCUCAGACGAAAACAGUGAAAACAGCAGACAGGUGGUCAAAUGGGAAAAAAAGAUUACAAAAACGUUCUUGAUUAUGUUGGCACUGUUCAUGGCCUGUUACUUCCCAUCAGUGAUCUUCGUCUACAUCAUGAAUUUCUGCCGUCCAUGCAGCUGUGAUCUCAUCCACGUAUCACGUGACCUUCAAAUCAUGUUGGUCAUGGCCAAYUCUGGUAUGAACCCCUUUGUCUAYGGAUGGCGGCUGGAGAACUUCCGUCGUGCCUUCAAAAGGCUUCUCAUGUGUAGAUGGUUUGUUAAAAGGAUAAGAAGYAUUUCAAGAAGUGURGUAACGCUAUCGACCAGUGUCACUGAGUAAGGUAUACAGCUUUUGAAAGAAAGGUUGACUUAAUCAGUGGAGAACGCACACGCCCGAAAGGUAUUAUGGGUAGUGAUUAAUAACGUAGUGCGAUGUUGGGUAAGGUAAUAAGUGAAAUCUGAUGGUAUAUAAUAUAUAUGGUGUAAAUCCAUCUAUUUCCACUCAAGAAAGCAUUCCAUCACCAUUUUAUCCAGACCGUAAAUAAACGAGUGACGAAUAAAACUAACAGUUAACAUAGAUGAUAUAGACUCAAUUAAGUCCAAACCCGAUACCAACAGGUUCCUUUAUUUCAAUAAACAAAAUUUUACAACCAAGGAUUCUGUAAGGCAGCUCUUAGUUACAACAUUAUGCGUAAAGAUAUACAGUGCAAUACAGUCAUUUGUAAGAAUUCUGAACGCUAACUGCAUCAUUAUCAUGUGUACAUCAUGGACAAUGUCAUACACAUUAUUCCAAAAUGGCUUACUCUUUUGUCUUUGAGCUUGAGUGACUUUAAAAGAAAAGAACAAUUUCAUGAAAACGAGACAUCAAGGGAUAGUCAGCCAUUUUGGAAUAAGGUGUAUGGGGCUUGCAUUUGCUCUUUUCUUUCUAAAUAAUAAUUYAAAUUAAUCAAACUGAUCAAAAUUAAGUUUAUUUACGCUAAUUCAAACAAAGUCUUCAUUUUGAUGUUAAAUGAAGACAAUACCAGCUUCCUUAAUAGAUAUAUCCAUAUACGUUAGCGGUGAGAAUUUCAUGAAAUGACUGUAAUAAUAAUAAACAUUAUAAUUAUAUUCUUYGGUAAAUAGUGUUUGAGACCCCUAACGUAUUUUAUAUAUUUCCAUAAAGUUUUAUGACUUUAUUUGUGUUUUGACAUUUUGGUGAAUUGAGAGCAGGGGCUCGAUUUCAACAGCUAACAUGUAAAUUACAAUGUAAAUAUCCCUCGCUGAUAUAGCAUAAUAAUACUUACUUGUAGCAUAAAUAUAAAUACAAAAAGAAGUAUGUGAUUAAAAWUAUAGCAGUACAUUGGACUACAACAUGUUUGCAUAUAUACAUUAUACAGUCAAGUCUAUCCUUGCAAUCAAUGGUACUGAUACACCAUCAAUAGACACUUUAUACUUAAGAUUACUCUUUUUACAUAGUAAACUUGCUAUGUCCAUGAUUWCAAGAAGAGUUGACUGUAUAUAUCUAUACAUGAUAUAUUAUAUUUAUAUACUCCUUCAAGCACCCUUAAUGUUUCUAGGCAUAAUCAAUUGCUCGUUUUCAAUCAUCCUCAUGAGAUUCAAAAGAUAAAAGACCGUCGGCCAUGUUGGUUGAAUGAACAAUAGAUACUAAUUAGAAAUCCUUUGUUGAAGUUCAACCAAGAUGGCCGCUGUGACGUAUUGCAAACGAAGAAUAUACCCCCUCCAGCCACCUUAACUAACGUUAGAUGUCAGAGUGACUUUCCAUUGACCACAAAAGGAACAUAUUUUAAGAACAGCAGACUUACUGUGCUGUCUUUGGUUCAGUUACAUUAUCAAAUAGUACAAGCUACAGUAUAUAUCUAGAUAGUCAUUUUCUUGUCAUAGUUGAUGGAAAAUCACUUCUGCAUCAUGUACUCUCUGAAUUUGGAGGAGAACUGACUGGUGUAYCAACAGUAACUGUACUUCCAGAAUGRGAAUUGAUUAAAUKCAAAUGUAUUGUGA